AUGACGGACACGAUGCUACUGUCGUCCGCCGUCCGCCUGCCCACCCCGCCUCCAGGUGGUUCCUAUUCCCCCGGGCCUUCAGCAGCCAGGAAGAGAUCACCUCCAUCUCGGUCACCUUCUCCUCGACGCCGCCGACCUGCGCCAGCUGAAGACAAUGAUGGGCGAAAACCACAGGGGGCAGAGGCGGAGCGUGAGAUGGAUGAGCGAGAGAGACAACUGCUUGCGCGGUUCAAGCCUAAAGAAUCAGAUGAAGCGAGACGGAAACCGUUGACUGCUGAAGAAAAGCAAGCGGCUGCAAAAGCCGAGUACGAGAAACUACUUACGAUGCGCUCGGGCGGCACCUAUAUCCCUCCUGCGAAAUUGCGCGCUUUACAGUCACAGAUCACCGACAAGUCAAGCAAGGAAUACCAGCGAAUGGCUUGGGAGGCGUUGAAGAAAUCAAUCAACGGCCUCAUCAACAAGGUCAAUGUCUCGAAUAUCAAACACAUUGUCCCGGAGCUGUUUGGUGAAAAUCUAGUUCGCGGUCGAGGGUUGUUCUGUCGGAGCAUCAUGAAGGCACAGGCCGCCUCGCUACCUUUCACCCCAAUCUAUGCGGCGAUGGCUGCCAUUGUGAAUACCAAACUUCCUCAAGUUGGAGAGCUGCUUCUAAACCGGCUGGUCGUCCAAUUUCGCAAGGCCUUUAAACGCAAUGAUAAGGCAGUCUGCUUGUCUUCCACCACUUUCAUCGCCCACUUGUGCAACCAACAAGUGGCGCACGAAACUCUCGCUGCGCAGCUGCUUUUGUUGCUUCUGCACAAGCCGACCGAUGACUCCGUGGAAAUCGCAGUUGGAUUGACCCGAGAAGUGGGCCAACACUUGGAAGAGAUGAGCCCCCCUAUCGCACUGGCCGUGUUUGAUCAAUUUCGAAGCAUUUUGCAUGAAGCAGACAUCGACAAACGAGUCCAAUACAUGAUAGAGGUCCUAUUCCAGGUCAGAAAAGAUCGAUACAAGGACAAUCCGGCGAUUCGUGAGGAGCUCGAUCUCGUGGAGGAGGAAGAUCAAAUUACGCACCAGGUCGAUCUUGAUGAUGAUAUCGAUGUUCAAGAUUCAUUGAACAUCUUCAAAUAUGAUCCACAGUGGGAAGAACACGAAGAGGCGUAUAGAAAAUUGAAAGCCGAGAUUCUCGGGGAAGAGAGUGGUGACGAGGAAGACGGCGACGAGAGUGGCUCUGAGGAGAGUUCAGAGGAUGAAGAGGCUGAACAAGAACGUGCAUUGGAAAUCAAGGAUCAAACAAACACAGACUUGGUUAACCUGCGAAGGACAAUCUACCUCACCAUCAUGUCCAGUCUCGAUUUCGAAGAAGCAUGCCACAAGCUGAUGAAAGUCCAACUCCCCGCGGGCCAGGAAUCCGAACUGCCGUCCAUGAUCAUUGAAUGCUGUUCUCAGGAGAAGACAUACUCGAAAUUCUUUGGCCUUGUUGGUGAAAGGUUUGCCAAGCUUAAUCGACUCUGGACGGACUUGUUUGAACAGUCCUUUGCCAAAUACUACGACACAAUCCAUCGGUACGAAACAAAUCGGCUGCGGAACAUUGCUCGAUUCUUUGGACACCUGUUGGCUACCGAUGCUCUUGGCUGGCACGUGUUUUCCGUGGUGCACCUCAAUGAAGAAGAGACUACUUCCAGCAGCCGUAUCUUUAUUAAGAUACUCUUCCAAGAUCUGGCCGAAGCCUUGGGUCUGCCAGAGCUUCAGAAGAGGAUGAAGGAUGAUAUCCUCCGACCCAGCUUUUCAGGACUUUUCCCAACAGAUACACCUCGCAACACACGAUUCGCCAUCAACUACUUUACAUCCAUCGGUAUGGGCGCCCUUACCGAGGAUAUGCGUGAACAUCUCAAGAAUCUACCGAAACCGGAGCCACCUGCCCUCCCGGCGCCGAAGGACGACAUUUCGGAUUCGGCAAGCCUAUACGACCAGCAGGUCAUCCACGAGAAGUCCACCUCGACGGGCAGAUAG